CAGAAAUAUUUAUUCAGUAAUAUCCUGCAUUUUCUUUUAUUUUAGUUCAUUAUUGUGUCGCAUUAUUUUCCAUCUCAUUCCAAAAUGGCGUUAUUCAGUCCUGUCAAUAUUGGCCCGUUUAAGUUGAAGCACCGUGUUGUGAUUGACCCAGUUCUUACGGGCUGGAGUGAGGCACAACUCAACACAUACUUUGAAGAGCUGGACCCUGAGGGGGGCUUGGUCCUCGCGCCCAACGCGCUCCUGAAAGCAACCGAGUCUACGCAAAAGUAUACUGUGGGUCGUUUACACGGCCUGGGCAGUGUGGUAUUUGCUCAAGUGUGUGACGACAGUCAGAACAUAUUCUCAUUGUCAGAGAAUGCCAUUAAGACUGGAUACGAUGGAGUGGAGAUCAAUGCGGGGGUUGGAUCGACUCUGCAUAGAGCACUUCACCAGGCCAAUGAUUUGUCUACUGCAACAUCGGCAGUAACCAAGGCCAUUGAGAGUGUCGUGGCUGCUGUUCCAGCUGAACGAGUUGGAAUUAGAUUCACUCCUUUUGCCAUUAUCGAAGGAAACCGGUUCCCAACGCCCGACUCACUCUACUGUGCCUUGAUUGAGUCAAUUCGGUCACAAUUCCCUAAUCUUGGCUUUGUACACAUCGUCGCCCACACACUGUUCGAUGACUUUGAAUACGCCAGCAACAAGUCCUUAGAUGUUUUCAGAGCGGCCUUAGGUCCUCAAGAUCCAAGUAAAACGGCAUUUAUUUCGGCAGACGCGUAUGACCCGCAAACUGCCAGGAAGAUCGCCUCAAACUCUCCGAAUCUCGUGGCCAUUAACCUUCCCGCUGAUGUAAACCCUAAAUUGAUAUCGUCUCUUCGCCGGGGCGACGACUCAUACGCCCUCGGGGCAUCGACUGCAGACCGUCUUCAGACUAUCCGCGCCGCCUUUGACGAGGGCAAAGAGUAUAUCGUCGAAUGGAACGAUGAACAAAAGUCCCGAACCGAGCAGUCCAUGAACGACCUCGACCAACAUUUGAGCAACCUCGAUCCUUCCCUGUCCUAUGAGGGCACAGACAAGAAAGUAGCCUGGCGCAAGUCAUGCUGGUUCGCCUGUGAGGGCAUUGCCCGCCCUUUCCUGGACACCAAAGAGCAGAUUGCCCGAUUCGACGGUGACCUCAAAGACGGCCUGACUGGUCUUGCAGGGUUACAGGAUCCGCAAGUCCGACGCUCAGCAGAGUACCUGAAAUUGAUACUGGACAGCGCGCUGGUGACCACAAGCAAAGCAGUCGGUAUUGGCGAAGACAUGAUUCAGCGCUGUACUGUCCGAUACCGAGCGAUUAAAUACACUCCUCAUGCGGGUGCCCCUGGAGGCAUUGGAUUGCAUCCAGACGGAAACCUACUGUCCGCGCUUAUCACCAACGGAGAUGGAUUGCGAGUUUACGAUUUGGAUGGAACCAUUCGCUUCCCCUCCGAGGUCAACGGGACGAUCAUGAUGGGCGGGUCCACCCUGUACCGUUGGUCACAGGGCAAAUACCCCCCGACUUUCCAUGAUGUCGAUAUCAACAGUGGCCAGGAUAAAUUCUCGAUUGUCGCGUUUUUCAACUUCCCCGACAUGGUCUCCAUUCCACACAGCUUGAUUCCUGGGGAUGUGAAAGAGGGAGGCAGCUUUUUCCAUGAUAUCAAGCGUAUCAAAGAGGACGAUAAGUCGCCACAUGGGCAGCUGUCUCCAUUGUGGGAUAUUAUCAUCGAUCGGCAUCAACUAGUACUACCACCAGCAGUCGCUGCCAAUUGAAUAAUGAUGCAUGAAUCUUGAAAUAUGGCCUUGAGUUAUGAGAAUAUGUUUACCAAGUGUCACAGUGCGAUAUGUAGUUGAUAAAACGAAUUGCAUAGUUCAGGCCAAUAUUGUGCUGAAUAUCUCAGAAAACUUUGAAGAUUAGAGCAUUUUUGGAC